CGCCGCCGCCAUCUCGGCACCGACCGCCAGGCCGGGCCGGCUUCCUCGCUCUCCCCGCUCCCCACCGCUUUCCUCGGGCCCCGCCGCAGUCCCCGCUCCCUGCCAUGAGCUGGGACGGCGCUGGCGAGGAAGUCCGGCUCCUCCUGGACCUAUGCCUUCAGUGUUUGACAAAGAACCUUUCCAGAUACUCUGCAGAUAUUAAGUCAUUGCCACCCAAUAUAAAAGAUAAACUGAUCAAAUUAAUGAGUAGGCAAGGGCAAAUAACUGAUGAAAAUAUCAGUGAGGUGUUGCACCCUGCUGUGGAGUCUCUGGACCUCCGAGACUGUGAUAUUUCAGACAAUGCAUUAUUGCAGCUUUAUAACUGCAAGCAGCUGAAAAAAAUCAACUUAAAUUCUUGCAAGGAGAACAGAUUUGGAAUUACUUCAGAAGGAGUCAUAGCACUGGCCUUGUCCUGUCCCUACCUGCGUGAAGCCUCUUUCAAAAGGUGCUGUGAUCUAACUGACAGUGGAGUUCUGGCUCUGGCACUCAACUGCCAAUUCCUGCAAAUAGUCAACUUGGGCAGCUGCUCAGGCAUCAUGGAUGCAUCUCUGCAGGCACUGGGAGCAAACUGCAAAUUUCUUCACAGUGUGGACUUCUCAUCUACUCAGGUAACAGAUGAUGGCGUUGUAGCACUAGUGAGUGGAAGAUGUUCAAAGAAUUUAAAGGAGAUCCACAUGGAGCGCUGUGUGAAUCUGACAGACAUCGCUGUGGAAGCCGUCCUUACUUGUUGUCCCAAGAUACACAUUUUCCUGUUCCAUGGAUGCCCACUGAUAACAGAUCGGUCCCGAGAUGCUUUAGAGCAACUCAUCAUAUCAAACAAAAUCAAGCAACUAACAUGGACUGUUUACUGAUUAUUUAUCCUGUACAUGUGAGUGUCAGGUUUACAGGUGGAGAGCUCCUUCAGUAAACAAGCACCUUGGAGAACUAGCUGGUGACUUUUGUUCCAGCAGGUUGCAUCCCUCCUGCUUCCCACUGGAGGUCUCCAUUGCCAUUCCAGUCCUUGCCCGUGAGCCUGGGCUUCCUCAUUGACUUUCCUUGGGGCCCUGUCUGUCUUUGCAUUGAUCAUACUUCAUUAAGAGGAAAGUUAAACUAUUAUUAAUAUUACAGGGCUGUUGCACAGGCUUCCUGAAGUGCUGGAUUUGGCUGCUACUUAGCAUCCAUUAGCAAUUUAGCCACAAACCCAGUUUAGCUAAGUGUGUGUUCUGAGUUUGUAUUCUGGGAUGGUACUUAAAAUUAAAAGUACCCAGUUCAAAUCUAACAUUGACACACAGCAGUGUCUGUGAAGUUGGGAGUUGAAUCUAACAAAAAUCAGCAGCCAGAACUGGUGAAUGGAGGUGGCAUUAACAGUGAGACAAAUGUACUUGCAGUAGUAACAAAGAAUCUCCUUUCACCGUGUACUUCUGCUAGGUCUGGAGUAAAAAACAUGGGUUUCUUUCUUCUGAUGUUACUGAUGCUGCAGGUUUCUGUUCUUACUUACCAUCAAAUACUUGCUGGAUUUUUACACACCCUAAAGUACAGCCUGUGAAUGUGUAAACAUAAACUUGCUUUGGAAUUGUUAUGGUGACUUUACAGAUUUCAGAGUAGUAGCUGUGACCAAGAAACAGGAUUUUAUACAUGGGCAAAUAUUUAAUUUGCCCUGGCUUUUGCCUGUUUCUACAUGAAAAUCCUUUUAGGGAACAAAACACUGGUACUUAGAAGCAUAUCUGUGAGUGAAAUAGGACCAAAUGGAGUGUCUGAGCACAUAAAUCUCAGGAUGGUGUUCUGCUGCAUGCAGUUCAUUACAUAUCCAGUGGCCCCCAGAAGCUGAAAAUAUAAAUAAAUUUAUUGUUCAGUUAUAGUAAUAUUAAGAAAUAAUUUUUGAACUGUAGAGUGAGUUUAUUACAUGAUGGAGCAGUGCUCUCAUCACAAUUGUAAGUCAUGUUCCUUGGCUUUUUUAAACCAGCAUAACCUCUAGUCAGAGUUCUAGGAUUUCUGCAUUUAGCUCCUUAAUGCCAGCCAUUUUAGCUUUAUAAGGGCAUGGAGCACACUGGGUUCAUCCUCUGGAUCUGGAAGUAGAAGGGUUUAGCUACAGUGGUCUAACAUGGAUUUGAUGACAUCUGGAAACAUAAAGAGUUUAGGCAACCAUAAGGAAUAUGUUUACUUUAGCAUUUAACUCUUGUCAUAGCCACACUGAAGUGUUGCAGAAAUAAACCAGUCUUCUGUUAAUCUAUUUAAAGUUGAGGUCUAAUUGCAUGGAAGGUAAUUUUUGUUGCCAAUAUUAAAUAAUAUUAUGAUGUCUGACAA